AAAUACACAUCCUCACACAUGGAGAGGAAGAUGAGCGCUAUGGCUUGCACCAUCUUCAAUGAGCUUCGUCUCGAGGGGAAACUCUGUGAUGUGAUCAUCAGUGUGGGUGGUAUCGAAUUUAAUGCUCACAAGAACAUCCUCUGCAGCUGCAGCCACUACUUCAGGGCUUUGUUCACCAGCAGCUGGAACAAUGCGGAGAAGAUGGUGUACAAGAUCCCUGGCAUUUCACCCGAAAUGAUGAGGCUCAUCAUUGAGUACGCCUACACCAGGACAGUCCAGGUCACCACGGAGAACGUCGAAAACCUGCUCAUCGCCGCAGACCAGCUCAACAUCAUGGGCAUCGUCAGGCUGUGCUGCGAGUUCCUGAAGUCCCAGCUCUGCUUUGAGAACUGCAUCGGCAUCUGCAGGCUCACAGAGUAUUACUACUGCCCCGAGCUGCAGGAAGCAGCCUUCGUGUUCAUCCUCCAUCACUUUGAGGACAUCACCAAGGUGUCUGCAGAGUUCCUGGACCUCUCCGUCAGCGAGCUGAAGAACAUCAUUGAGAAGGACGAGCUCAAUGCGAGGGAAGAAGACGCCGUGUUCAAGGCUAUUGUGAAAUGGAUUGACCAUGACCCGCCGAGCCGGCGGCAGCACAUCGCGGAGCUGCUGAGCAAGGUUCGACUGGCGCUGAUGCAAGCAGAAUACUUCAUGAACAACGUCAAAACACACGAGUACGUGAUGGAGAACGAGGACUGCAAAGGUCUCAUCAUCAACACGCUGACGGAGAUGUACAACCUCAGCAUGCACGGGCCCCCCUACUCGGACUUCGCCAACCCGCUCAGCCGGCCUCGCCUGCCCUACGCCAUCCUGUUCGCUAUCGGGGGCUGGAGCGGGGGCGCCACCGCCAUCGAGACCUACGCCGUCCGUGCGGACAAGUGGAUGAACGUGACGAGCGAGCAGGAGAGCCCCCUCGCCUACCACGGCACAGCCUAUCUGAAAGGCUUCAUCUACGUCGUGGGAGGGUUUGACAGCGUGGAUUACUUCAACAGCGUCAAGAGGUUCGACCCGCUGAGGAGAACGUGGCAGCAGGUCGCACCCAUGCACUCACGGCGCUGCUACGUCAGCGUCGCCGUCCUCGACGGCUUCAUCUACGCCAUGGGAGGCUUCGACGGGUACAUGCGCCUCAACACGGCCGAGCGGUACGAGCCGGAGACGAACCAGUGGACGCUGAUCAGCCCCAUGCACGAGCAGAGGAGCGACGCCAGUGCCACCACGCUGCACGAGAAGGUGUACAUAUGUGGUGGGUUCAACGGUAACGAGUGCCUGAUCACUGCUGAAGCGUACAACCCCACCACAGAGCAGUGGACCUUAAUAGCCUCCAUGAGAAGCAGAAGAAGCGGAGUAGGAGUCAUUGCGUACCGAAACAAGGUGUAUGCGGUAGGAGGAUUUGACGGAGUGAACCGGCUUCGGAGCGUGGAAGCGUACAACCCCCUCACCAACAUGUGGCACGUGGUCCCCACGAUGUUCAACCCCCGCAGCAACUUCGGCAUCGAAGUGGUGGACGACCUUUUGUACGUGGUUGGUGGCUUCAACGGCUUUACUACGACUUUCAACGCCGAGUGCUACGAUGACAAAGCUGACGAGUGGUACGACAUCCAGGACAUGAGCAUAUACCGCAGCGCCCUGAGCUGCUGCGUGGUGCCAGGCCUGUCCAACAUCAGGGACUACAUUGCCAAGCGAGACAGCCCCGUGGACAGCUCUGCGAAUGAAGUCAGGUUCACGUCUUCAACCAGCAGCCUGCCUGUAUAA